AAUUCCGAGUCAUCAGCUUCCGUCUUGCUGCUUGGACGUGAAUGAAGCCCACUAUCUGCUUGUAUAUAUACCUCGACAAGCAUAUAAUAUGCAAAGAAUUAAUUGAAAAAUGGAGAUGGGUUUUGUCCUGAUUAACAUCAUUUCAUCGAUAAGUGACACCACUUUUUCCCACUCUUUUCAGAAUCUGUAGACCUUUUUCCUCGGAAUUGCUGUUCUCUGUUUUGCUUUUGGUUCUAUGGCGACUUCCUGCAAUGAGAAAUCUGUGAUUGCGGACAGAAAUGGUGAAGAGUUUAAAGUCCAUGUGUUUUCAUCUGCGUCGGAGUUGCUCUCAAAUCUACAAGAGAAGUGGUUGGGAAAGCCAAAGCCCUACCCAGCAAUGUAUUCCAGUGUAUUUGGUGGGAUUAUUCUUGAUCCGGCAAUGAUGGUUAUCCCGGUGGAUGAUCACAUGGUUCAUCGUGGACACGGUGUCUUUGACACGGCCAUUGUUCUUGAUGGAUACCUCUACGAGUUGGACGUCCACCUUGACCGUUUUCUUAGAUCAGCAUCAAAAGCAAGAAUCAUUUCUCCCUUUCCCAAAUCUACACUUCGAAGCAUUCUUGUUCAACUUACAGCUGCAUCAAACUGCCGGAAAGGAACGCUUAGAUACUGGUUAAGUGCAGGGCCAGGGGACUUCUUACUCUCUCCUGCUGGAUGCCCAUCAUCUGCCUUCUAUGCAGUAGUCAUAGACGAAGACUUCUCGCAGUGCAAGGAGGGAGUCAAAGUAAUAACAUCUAAAAUCCCGAUGAAAUCGCCCCUCUUUGCUACAAUGAAGAAUGUAAACUACCUCCCAAAUGUCCUUGCAAAGAUGGAAGCUGAGGAUAAGGGUGCAUUUGCAUCGAUAUGGGUAGACGAGGAAGGUUAUAUUGCAGAGGGUCCAAAUGUAAAUGUCGCCUUUAUUACUCGUGAGAAAGAGCUUGUCUUGCCAGUCUUUGAUAAGAUCCUAAGUGGGUGCACGGCUUUGAGGCUUCUUCAACUAGCACCUAAGUUGGUCGAAGAAGGCCGACUGAAGAGUGUGAGAACUGGAAAUUUGACUGUGGAAGAGGCUAAAGAAUCUGCAGAAAUGAUGUACGUCGGAAGCACACUUCCAUUAUUGCCAAUCAUCAUGUGGGAUGAGAAGCCUAUCGGAGACGGUAAAGUGGGAGAAUUGACAAUGGCACUUUCGGAUUUGCUUUGGGAAGACAUGGUCACCGGCCCUGAAACGCAAAGGUUCCCAGUUCCUUAUAUGUAGGGAUUCAACGGUGUUCGACUUCCGGUGGAGGACGGACGUUAUUCUGAUUGUCGUAGAGUCGUUCCGUUCUGCAUGCUAUCAACAUUGUCACUGCCUUCUGUAUGCUCAAAAAGUAUUCCCUCAUGGUUGUGGACUAUUGGUAGAGUUCCGCAUAGAAGAAUUGUCAAUAAGAACAGAGUAAAGAAGCAGUUUGCAUUUAUGUUAUGUUGGUUUUGGAAAAUGGAAGCCAUUGUUUAUGUGUGAUGUGUGACAGAAUUUGAAAUAGAAAAUUCAGUCCGUAGACUAUGUGUUGUCAUCUUUUUUGUUCAAUCGGGAUGUGUCUUUUGUUGAUGAAACGUAUAAUAAACGUAUAUUUUCUACU